AUGCCUUCGUUCUUCUUCUAUAUCGCCUUCGACCUUGACGCCCCGGCGUCCCUAUUGACAAGUCGUGCCCAACCAGCCCCUUGGAAACAAGAGCAGCGUAAUUACGGACACUUUGCAGCGAAAGCGGUCAUAUCAAAUUCAGAUGCUGAAGGAGGACAGCCUACGGUUACAAGUAAUCAUAGCAGUGGCAGUGAGAAGCAGGAGCCAACAGCCUUACACCCAGUAUCUCGGGAUUGGAGGUACGACAGAAUAUCAAUUCAAGAUAUCACCAUGGCAUCUCUGGCAAACUCAGACAAGCACGAACCUAGUGAAAAUACGAGCACAAAGAUCACGAACGGUAUCAGCGCCGGUCCCGGUGGUCUAGCUACAAAGGGUAGAUACGAGCCUUGUGAUCCUGAUCAAGAGGAGCUGGGAUGUGGUGUAGUACGCUUAUACCGAGACUCUGAAGAAACACCUGGUCUCUACGAUGAGCCUACAACCCCCAAGCACUCAAAGCCUGGGAAAAGCCUAUCCAGGAAAGAGAAUAAUGAACAGCCAGCCUUUCGAGACGAGGACUGCACCACGCUCUGCAUACUUGCUGUACCCUCAUACCUCACGCCAUCAGACUUCUUAGGCUUCGUUGGGGAAAAGACGAGGGAUGUCGUCAGCCAUUUUCGAAUGAUUAGGACGGAAAGGGGGAAUAGGUACAUGGUACUUAUGAAGUUCAGGAAUGGUAAGAAGGCUAGAGAGUGGAGGAGAGAAUGGAAUGGCAAGGCUUUUGAUGGCAUGGAGCCUGAGAAUUGCCACGUAGUCUUCGUCAAGUCUAUCGAAUUCCGGACACACGAGACACCAGGUCAAGAAGCCUCCUUCCCAGACAUGACCAAUGACCCUUUUACACCAUCCGUCACGAAGCAACUACCUUCUACCUCCACAUCUUCGACCCUUCAAACAGCUCCCAUCUCAUCAACCUCACGAUCCUCCAAACCCCACGCCCCACCCACUCCGUCUUUGGUCGAAUUACCCACCUGCCCUGUCUGCCUCGAACGCAUGGACGAAUCCACAGGUCUCCUCACAAUUCUCUGUCAGCAUGUCUUCCACUGCUCUUGUCUUCAAAAGUGGCGUGGAUCAGGCUGUCCCGUAUGCCGCUACACCCAAGACGAUCUCGGUCUCGGAAAAAGGAUAUACAACAGCACGAGCUCGGGAGAAGAUGUCAGCCUCAACGAAUGCAGUAUCUGCCGCUCGGAUGCUAACCUGUGGAUCUGCCUCAUCUGCGGCAAUGUAGGCUGCGGGAGAUACGAUGCUGCUCACGCCUUCAGCCAUUAUGAGCAAUCACAGCAUUGUUUUGCCAUGGACAUGACGACCCAACGGGUGUGGGAUUAUGCCACCGAUGGCUACGUUCAUCGUAUCGUCCAGAAUAAAACAGAUGGGAAAUUCGUGGAGCUCACACCGUCUUCCACACAGACACCACAGCCGCACGACGAUGAUUUCGACGACUACGUACCUCGAGAGAAAAUGGACAGCAUUGGUUUAGAGUAUACACAUCUACUAACAAGCCAGCUUGACAGCCAACGCUUGUACUUUGAGGAAAUUCUCGAGCGUGCAGCCGACAAGGCAUCCCAAGCCGCCCAGUCCGCCGAGAGAGCUACAGAAGCAUCUGUCAAGAACGCAGUACAACUCGCUACAUUACAAGCAUCACACGACACCCUUGCUGACGAGACGAUACCAGCACUUGAGAAAGACCGUGAUCGAGCAACGAGAAAGGCAGAGAAAUUUGAAGCCAUGGCUCGCAAGCUGGAGAAGGAGUGGCGGGAUGAAAAAGCUAUGAAUGAAUCUCUCAUGACACGCAUCACCCACCUAGGUAAUCAGCUGGAGGCAGUAAAGAGAGAGAAAGCGGAGCUCGAAGAGCAGAACAGGGACCUGGGCUUCUUCAUCAGUGGGAUGGAGAAGCUGAAGACUGUCGGUGUCGACGAGGAAGAUGUUAGGGAGGGCACCGUCAGUUUGCCGGGGGUUGGGGAGGAGGUGAAGGGCAAAGGAAAGAAGAAGGUUGGUGGGAAGGGGAAGAAGUGA